AUGGCGACUCGUCCAACUUUGACCCCCGCUUGCAGACUGUCUCGGAGUCUCUUGCAUCGCCAGAGCAUCAAGUAUAUAUCAACUCACGUACCUAGGCAUCAGGGCUACGAUACAACCAUUGCCAAUUUGAACAUUGACAAGAAUACUAGGGUGAUCUAUCAAGGAUUUACUGGUAAAGCAGCAACUCUUAAUGCCAAAGAUACCAUUGCAUAUGGCACCAAUGUCGUUGGUGGUGUAUCCCCAGGCAAAGGUGGCCAAGAGCAUUUGGGUCUUCCUGUAUUCAACACAGUCAGAGAGGCCGUGGAACAGGUAAAACCUCAGGCGACAUCAGUCUUCGUACCAGCACAAUUUGCCGCUGCUGCUAUCAUUGAAGCAAUAGAGGCAGAAGUCCCUCUGGUUGUGACCGUCGCUGAGCAUAUACCUGUACACGAUAUGAUGCGUGUCCAUGGCGUGCUCAAAACUCAAUCCAAAACUCGCCUUGUCGGUCCGAACUGCCCCGGUAUUAUUGCUCCCGAGCAGUGCCGUAUUGGCAUUAUGCCGCAUAAGCAGUAUAAGAGGGGCACUAUUGGUAUAGUCUCGAAGAGCGGAACGCUAAGUUACGAAGCUGUGGGCUCAACAUCGAAUGCUGGAUUGGGUCAAAGCCUUGUUGUUGGCAUGGGAGGAGAUAUGAUGCCGGGAACGACACUUGUGGACGCCCUGAAGCUGUUCUUCGAUCACCCAGGAACAGAGGGUAUCAUCGUCAUCGGUGAGAUUGGCGGGGAGGCAGAACUCAGAGCCGCUGAAGCCAUCAGGGACUACAGGAGAAUCACGAGGAAUCCAAAGCCAAUCAUAGCCAUGGUUGCUGGUAAGACAGCUCCUGAAGGUCGAACUAUGGGCCACGCUGGUGCACUUCUGCAAUCAGGAGAUAUAUCUGCUGAAGCCAAGGCGAAGGCUUUGGCAGAUAGUGGAGCUGUCGUGGUACCCCAUCCUGGGCUCAUGGGACAGGUUAUGAAAGACCUACUGUCGUCACAUACUAAAAGAAUCCGUAACGGAUUGGGUCCGUUGGGUUCUGAAGUAUCAUUUCAGAACCCCACACAGGAGCUACGAGAAUGA